AUGUGCCGACAGCGAAGUUUGGGGACGCCGAUGUACAAACACCAUACAAAGCCCGACGAAGAUUAUGUGAUCGCAUCUUUGGUUCUCGAGGAUCACCUGAGCGACAUUCAACAAGCCACGCAAACCGAUCUGGUCAUGAAGAAGGUCUACCGCUUUUUGCAAGACGGUUGGCCCGAUCCAAAAGCUCUAUCCAUUCCUGAGCUCAAGCGCUUUUACGACCGAAGAGAAUCCCUCACGAUUGUCGACGGUUGCAUACUUUUCGGGGAACGGUUGGCCAUUCCAGCUCCAUUCCGCAAGCGCUGUCUCGACCAGCUUCAUCGUGGCCACCCUGGCACUCAGCGUAUGAAAGCCAUCGCUCGUUCAUACGUUUAUUGGCCGAAUGUUGACAACGAAAUCUCCAGCUACGUCAAGGCUUGCCGACACUGUGCACUGACAGCGAAAUCUCCACCACACUCUGCACCUUCGCUGUGGCCCAAAUCCACCAAGCCAUGGGAACGAGUGCACAUUGACUAUGCUGGACCAAUCGAAGGAGAUUAUUUCCUGCUUGUGAUCGACUCCUUCACCAAGUGCACACUUAAUCUUUUCUCCUGCAGCACCACAAGCACAGCUACAAUCAACAUUCUCCGAGAUCUCUUCGCUCGUUUUGGAAUGCCGACAACUUUGGUGAGUGACAACGGGCCCCAGUUUUGCAGCGCUCUGUUCCAAAACUUCUGCGCUGAAAACGGCAUUCAGCACCUCACCACGGCACCAUUCCACCCACAAUCGAACGGCCAAGCUGAACGAUUUGUGGACACCUUCAAACGGGCCAUUCGAAAAAUUCGAGAGGGGAGAAGUUCGGUACCGAUAACCGAAGCGUUGUGUACCUUUUUGCGGACCUACAGAAGCACACCCAAUCCAGCGACGCCUGAAGGGAAGUCGCCAAGCGAAACUAUGUUCUGCAGGCCAAUCCGAACAUCCUUUGAUCUACUUCGCCCACCAGUUCACAGCGAAAAUCCACCAGCUGAACUCAACCGAAGCUUCCAGAACCAUGACCCGGUUUACGCGAAGGCUCGCUCCACCGAUUGGCCGCCAUCGGAUUCUUCCGAGCAGGACGACUGCCGGAACGGGCGAAAAAACGUGGGCUACAAAUUAGCCAUCACUGCCUUUCUACUCAUCAUCAUAAUCCGUAAAAAUCCGGAAGCACGAGGGUGGCUCAGCGGAUAG